GUAAGACUCAAAAUGAAGGACGUGAACUCCAGAAGCUGUAGCUACUUUGUAUCUAAUACGUCUGAAAGUUUGAUUUAAAGUGCGUCAACGACGCUGAAACUAUCGAUUAAUCGAUCUGUUGACAGCUGUUGCAGCUCUGAGGCUCGUUUUUGGGUCCUGAAGGGGUGGUUUAUAAAAAAAAGAAAAGUUUUUCUGUUAAAUUUAACCCUGCUUUUCUCUGCACCUAAAUAUGUUUCUCAGUUAUUUAGUAGAAACAACUUGAUUGUUUAUUUUACAGUUUAGGUCGAUUUUGUUGUUAUUUAGUCUGAAAAUGACCAAAUAAAUAUUUGUCCGGUUAUUGUAGCUCAGUUUUAAAACUUCUUACUGAAAACUUUUUUUUUAGGCUUGGGUGACAUUCAUCACUUUAGUUAAUAUUUCAGGCAUCAGAUGUUCAUUUAAAGGUAUAUUUUUAUGUUUAUGUCACACAAAACCAGCUGGAAUUGUGGAUUAGUUUUAUUUUCUGCUUAAGUAGAGAACAGUAAUAAUUAGGACUUGUAACAGCUGUUGUUAUUAUUUAUUUUCCACAUUAAACCGCCACAUAUUACCAAACUUAGGCUGCAGGAGUGUCUGAGGGCUCUGGGAUGGGACUCUCCUCUGUCUUGAGUUGAUGAAUCAGCCAUAAUUGAGGCAAAUUGAAUUCUCGAGUUUGUAACUUAAUAAAGCUGAGUUUCUGUCACUGUGUAAACAGGAAGCAGCAGCAAACAGCAACCGCUUAGAGACGCUGAGAUGGACGCACACAGAAACCUGAGAGAAGCCGAGUCUGGUUAAAGCGAUACGGUCAGCUGUCAAAUGCAAAAACACCCGGAAGUUAACGUUCACUCUGUCUGCGAGAAGAAAGAAAUCCCUCCAUCCUAGGAAAAGCUGACAUUUCAUUAGAUUAAAACUUUGUUUUAAACAAAACCGUAAGAUGAAACGUCUGUUGGAUGUUUUACUUUAGCAUCUUUAUUUAUUCCUGAGUCUGAACGCUGGUUAAGAACUCUUCUGUUACAGAGAAAUAAUGAAGCUGAAUCUGUUUUUGUUUAAUCUCGUUAAUCCUGCUCUACAUCAGCAACACCGACUGUUUGCUGAUGAUUACCAGCUGUUUCAGCCAAAAGGGGCGUCAGCUGUAGACACUUCUGUGGGGUUUACUGCAGGUCGGGAUGUAUGGAGGUUAAGACGUCAUCCCUCUGUGGUGAAAGGCCAACGCGUCGGUUCCUGCUGGAUCUCUGACCUGAUCAGCUGAGCCGACCUUUAACCUUGUUAGCGGAUUCUGAUUGAAUUAUUGACCUUUUGUCUCCUCUGGACCUUUCGCCGGGGUCCUGCGGGACUGACUGGGACUUGUCAGACCCUGGUUCUGGGUUAUCAGCCACUCGUUUGGACUAGAUCAAACAAACAGAGCAGCUGUGAGUUUAGUCAUCAUCGGCUGACUUUUACGGCGACUCUGGUUGAGAAACUGGAUCUAUGGCGGCAUCAGAGCUGAUCCGCGCUGAUAAUGAUGUUCAGAUCACCGUGGAUUCUGUGAGCUCAUCAAACUCCCAGACACAGACUACCUCACAGAGGGUUGCCAACGGUAACCCUACCCGCUGUGCCUCUACGUCUCCGGCCACAGACGAGGGUGAAGGUCACAGCCGGGGUAAGUGGUGCGGGCCCUGCCGUCGGCUCAGGGAGGACCCUAUCACCAGGUUCUUCAGGUGUCUGAAGAACCGCAGCGAAUACGAUAAGAUCAACGGGUCGGACGAACACGACAACCCUCUCCCUAACGAGUGGUGGAAGACGGGCGUGGCCUUCCUCUACGCUGCCAUCAACCUGGUCUUCACCACCGUCAUCAUCACCGUUGUCCACGAGCGAGUUCCGGACAAGUCUCUGAACCCGCCACUGCCCGACAAGUUCUUCGACUAUGUGGACCGCGUUCCCUGGGCCUUCACGGUCACCGAGGUCAAUGGACUGAUCCUGGUGGGACUCUGGCUGGUCCAGUGGGUCUUCCUCAAGCACAAGGCCAUCGUGGGCCGUCGCUGUUUCUUCCUGAUCGGAACGCUAUACAUGUACCGCUGCGUCACCAUGUACAUAACCACGCUGCCCGUGCCUGGGAAACACAUGGUCUGUGCUCCCAAGCUCUACAAUGACUCAACAGGGAAGAUUUGGAGGAUCCUCCAGCUGAUCUCAGGAGGAGGUCUGUCGCUAACGGGGUCACACCUGAUGUGUGGAGACUUCCUGUACAGCGGUCACACGGUCAUGCUGACGCUGUCCUACCUGUUCAUCAAAGAGUACUCACCUAGCUGGAUGUGGUGGUACCACUGGUUCUGUUGGGCCCUCAGCGCCUCUGGAGUCAUCUGCAUCCUCGUAGGUCACGAGCACUACAGCAUCGACGUGGUGAUUGCCUACUUCGUCACCACCAGGAUCUUCUGGUGGUACCACACUCUGGCUAACUCUCAUGGUCUGCGCCGAGCUCCCAACAACUUCCUGUCUAGGACCUGGUGGAACCCGAUCUUUGACUUCCUGGAGAAGAACGUCCAGACGACGGUUCCGGUGGUGUUCUGGUCGCCGCUGGCGCUGCUGUCGUCCUGCCGGCAGAGGUACAGGGUGGUGGGGGGAGAGCGGGUGGAGUGAGCAGAACCGUCUGUCCGCCCACGCUGAUGCCUGCAGAGGUUCCAGAUGUCCUGGAUCACAACCAACCUUCAGCCACCAUCUACCUCAUCUUCAUGGUGGACCUCACAGCUACAUAUGGAGCAGCUGGAUGGAUGAGGUCCGCUAGCUGGAGAGAAGCUAGCGCCCAUUGCCUGCAGUAACCUUCUGGGAGAUUUUCCAUUAGCCCCCCUCCCACAGCUCUGUAAAUAUCCGAUAUAUCAGCAGAAACCCAAAGAUCAUAAAUCCAAAGAUCCACACGUCUUCUACAACAAGAUGAGCCCUCCUCGGUUCUGAAUGUUGUAAACAUUUUAUCAGUGGAGUUCAGCAACCAGGUUAAUUCCAGAAAGCAUCUAAAGAUCCACUCAGAAGAGACGGAACGACGAGCCUUGGGAAGAUCGGGGCCGGAGCCAAAAGAAAAGUGUCUGCUCACUCUGUGUUUUCAUAACUUUAUGUUCGGCAGCCGGUGUGGAAGACGGCCGCAGACACGAGUGCCCAGACGUCCCUCUGGAGUGGAGGACAGGCCCGAUUUACUGUCCGUAUCAGAGGUUUUCUAGAAGUAUUGUAAAUGUGUAAAAAGCCUUUUCUGAUGUGUAAUAAAACUUGAUGAUGAUGAUGAUGAA